UGCGUUCCACGGAGCGGAAGUUCCGGUUUGUGGCCUCGGUGAUGUCGGACUCGGAGAGUGAUGAGGAGAGGCCGUUCUCUCUGGCCGGGUUCUUGUUCGGGAAUAUUAAUGAGGACGGACAGCUGGAGGAUGACUGUGUGCUGGACAAGGAGUCGAAGAAGCACCUGGCGGGGUUGGGGGCGCUCGGCCUGGGAAGUCUCAUCACUGAGAUCACAUCCAGUGUAGAUGACGCGCCGGAGACGGACGGGAUCAGCCUGGACGAGGACGGAUGGGUGAAGAGUACGGAUGACGCCAUCGAUUACUCGGACAUCAAUGAAGUGGCUGAAGAUGAGUCUCGGCGGUACAGACAGGCGAUGGGAAGUCUCAGCCUCUCUCGGAGGACGGAUGACGAUGAUGACGAUUACGACGCCGAUUGCGAAGACAUCGAUUCCAAGCUCAUGCCGCCUCCCCCUCCCCCACCGGUGUCGGGCAAAAGGGACGAUGACAAAGGGCCGCCAUCUGCAGCCCCCGAGGAUGGAGAUGGGAUCAUAUUGCCGUCCAUCAUCGCCCCGUCAUCGGCCAGUGUGGACAAGGUGGACUUCAGCAGUUCCUCGGAUUCGGAGUCUGAGAUCGGCCCCCAGGAGCGCGGGCAGGGUGACGGCAAGGAGCGCAUGCUGACCUUACCACUGGCCGGGAUCAUGCAGAGAGACGCCACCAAACAGUUGCCCAACGUCACCGAGCUCUUCCCCGAAUUCAGACCCGGAAAGGUCUUGCGCUUCCUCCGGCUCUUUGGCCCCGGGAAGAACGUGCUGUCAGUUUGGCGCAGCGCUCGCAGGAAGAGAAGGAAGAAGCACCGGGAGCUGACGCAGGAGACGCAGGGUAAAGAAGAAGAAGUGGAGGCGGCAACAGAGAAGAAAUCCUGCUGGGAGUAUGAACACGCACCCCCUCCCCCGCCUGAGCAGUGCCUCUCCGAUGAUGAGAUCACAAUGAUGGCUCCCGUGGAGUCCAAGUUCCUUCAGUCCUCUGGAGACACGGAUAAGGUGGCCGACACAAAGCCGAAAAUUGCAGAAUGGCGCUACGGCCCGGCACAGCUCUGGUACGAUAUGCUCGGCGUGUCCGAAGAUGGCGGCGAAUUCGACUACGGCUUUAAACUGAAGGAAGAAAAGGACGAGGAUGAGGAGGAUGAGGAUGAAGUGAUGGAAAAGGUGAGGAGUUCUGUGUCUCCUGUCCCGAAAACGGAGUCCACGGAGGAGACCACGGACCGCCAGUUCCAGGAUGAACACUUCUUGAUGGUGACGCAGCUCCAGUGGGAGGACGAUGUCAUCUGGAACGGUGAAGACGUCAAGCACAAGGUCACCAAGACGCAGAGGGCUAGCCUGGCCGGCUGGCUUCCUUCCAGCAUGACCAGAAACGCCACAGCGUACAACGCCCAGCAAGGACUGAGCCGGACUGGAUCACUGCUAAACCUUCCAACACCCCUUGUACAAAAACCAAGUCUGUCCGGUGCCCUCAUCUCUUCAAAAGGGAAAGAGAAGCAUCCACCCGAACAGCAAGCAUCCAUAGAAGAGGACCGCCCGUGGUUUUCCAUUUUUCCUAUUGACAAUGAAGAGCUGGUCUAUGGACGCUGGGAAGACAACAUCAUCUGGGAUGACCAAGCCAUGGACAGAAUAUUGGACCCUCCGGUGCUGACUCUGGAUCCCAACGAUGAGAAUAUUAUCUUAGAAAUCCCGGAUGAGAAGGAGGAAACCACCUCAAAUUCCCCUUCCAAAGAAAGCAAAAAGGAGUCGUCCUUGAAGAAAAGUCGAAUCCUGCUGGGUAAAACGGGUGUCAUCAAAGAGGAGCCGCAGCAGAACAUGUCCCAGCCGGAGGUGAAGGACCCCUGGAACCUGUCCAAUGAUGAGUUUUACUACCCUAAGCAGCAGGGCUUGCGGGGAACAUUCGGAGGAAACAUAAUCCAGCACUCUAUCCCGGCAGUGGAGCUCAGGCAGCCAUUCUUCCCCACACACAUGGGAUCCAUGAAGCUCAGACAGUUCCAUCGUCCUCCAUUGAAGAAAUACUCGUUUGGAGCUCUGUCCCAGCCAGGACCGCACUCAGUCCAGCCGCUGCUGAAACACAUCAAGAAGAAGGCCAAAAUGAGGGAACAGGAGCGUCAGGCGUCGGGAGGCGGGGAGAUGUUUUUCAUGCGCACCUCACAAGAUCUUACCGGCAAGGACGGGGACCUCAUUCUGGCCGAGUACAGCGAAGAAAAUCCGCCAUUAACCAUGCAAGUCGGCAUGGCAACCAAGAUAAAAAACUACUACAAAAGGAAACCAGGCAAAGACCCCGGAGCCCCGGACUGCAAAUACGGGGAGACGGUGUACUGUCACACGUCGCCAUUCCUCGGCUCCCUGCACCCCGGACAGUUAUUACAGGCUUUUGAAAACAAUCUUUUUAGGUCCCCAAUAUAUCUGCACAAGAUGCCUGAAACGGACUUCCUGAUUAUUCGUACCCGUCAAGGCUACUACAUCCGUGACCUGGUGGAUAUCUUCGUGGUGGGUCAACAGUGUCCCCUCUUUGAAGUUCCCGGACCCAAUUCUAAGCGGGCGAACACCCACAUCCGAGACUUCCUGCAG